ACCAAACCAAGACCAAAUCCCACCCUCCCCUGCCAAUCAGCUCCGCCCGUCCGUACAUCGCACCCACCCACCCAUCCCCAUGGGCGCCGCCGACGAGCACCCUCAGCAUCAGCCGUCGCCGGCGCCGGAGGGGGAGGCGAAGAGGACGCUGGUGUUCACGUACGGCACGCUGAAGCGGGGCUUCUCCAACCACGGCCUGCUGCAGGACCUGGCGCGCGCGGGGGACGCGGCCUUCGUGGCCGCCGCCGCGACGGCCGAACCCCUCCCGCUCGUCUGCGGGCCCUACCGCGUCCCCUUCCUCCUCAACCUGCCCGGCGAGCACGGCUGCCAGCGCGUCCGCGGGGAGCUCUACUCCGUCACGCCGCACGGCCUCGCCCGGCUGGACGAGCUGGAGGGCGUCUCGCGGGCCCACUACGAGCGCCUCCCCGUCUCCGUCGUUGUCGAUGGGGGGGAAGGCGCAGCGGAAGAGGUGGUGGCGUACUACGCGCACCGCGGGUACGCGGCGGAGAUGUGGGCGCGGAGCGGGCGGAGGGGCCACGCCGAGUACUCGCCGGCGGUGGCCGCCGGGUACGUCCGCCGCGUGGACCGGCCGCAGCACCUCACCUUCCUCGACCAGAUCCGCGUCUUCGUCUCCUCCCAGUCCUAGCGCAAGAUUUGGUCCUCGCUCGUCCUCUGCUUCAUACUGGAUCCUCGCUCUCUGUUUCGCUAGCUCCUAGCCGGCCGCAUCGCCGCCGACGAGGACCGUACGGCCCAGUUGUUCGUCUGUUCCAGCCUCCAGGUUGGGUCUCGUGCCUUCUGCGCUUAUCUCAUUGCUGGAAGAUGCGUGCCGUGCAAGAUUGAUACAUGGAUACACGAAGUAAUUGUUGGUACUUUCA